GAAAUAUAAUGGCUUCCAUGAUGGAUUUGAUCUGAUGUGGUUCGUGGGGGUGGGGCUUCCCUGAGUGAUGCAAUUCAAACCGGCCAAUUAAAGAAAGCCAAGGGUUUGGAAAGGCGUGGAAAACGCAACCUCCCCGCGAAGGGCUUUAAAAGAGCACCAUUUUGUGCCGGCUGUCUGAGAGGCGGUAGGAUAUCGAUCAGUGUCUUCCGCCUUGUUGAAACGGAAGAAGUUAAGGAUUGCAAAGAAAAAGUGCCUCUUCCUACGUAGCUUUAAAAAAGGGAAGAAGAAAGGGGGAGCUGUGGAGAAAGCAGCAGGAGGCAGAAAUCGAGAGCGGCCCCUGAUCCCACACCACUUUCCCGGGCGCAAUAGCUGCCCGACGGCAGGCGGCGGCGCUGGAGAGGACUGGAGCUCGCAGUAGUAGCCGCCAGCGCCACGGCGCGAGGAGGAGGAGGAGAAAGAGGAUGAAGCAAGGAGGAGCUGGAGCCGCCGCUAGCCAUGGGGCGGCGGCGGCAGCUGCCACCGCUGCUGCCCCAGUGGCCGCCGUCGACCCCAGGCUGGACCCGCCGAGCUCGGAAGUGGCGGCCGCGGCGGCGGAGAAAGUUGUUCACUCUCGCUCGCAGGUACUGUUUUGCGACGGCACCAAAGCGCUGGGCGACGCCUUCAAGCUGGUAGUGCCCCAGUCAACGGAGUUCAUGAGCUCGGACGCCGAGCUGUGGAAUUUCCUGUGCAGCCUAAAGCACGAGUUCUCGCCGGUCAUCCUCCGCAGCAAGGACGUUUAUGGAUACGCCUCCUGCCGGGCCGUGGUGCCAGACGUGCCCGGGGGCUUUUCGGCGACAGCGAGCAGAAGGGACCGGCCGUGGAGGAGAGCCGCCGCCAGGGGGAGGCGCCUGCGAGCUGCUGCUGGAGGCGACACUAAGAGCAGAGGAGGCGGCGCCGGUGCAAAAAAGGUGGCCAGAAAGCGCAGCAGCGCGGUGCUGGUCGCGGCCCCGUCGCCCCCAGAGGCGCUCUCCUCCGGUGGUGAGGGGCUGCAGGAGGAGCAGCCCCAAACAGAGGAGGAGCAGGCGUCCCCUGGCCCGGGGGCUUUGACCUUUCCCCCGUGGACUCCCUUUGAGGGCAGGUCUCUCGAAGAAAUCUGGAGGGAGGCCACUCCCAGCCUCACCGCUUUCCCCACCAUCAAAGUGCGCGGAAACGUGUGGAAGCGGCGCAGCUUGGAAGCCGCCCGGCGCAGGGCGGAGCGCAUCUUGCGGGUGAACCUGGCGCCCUUGGUGAGGCUCCGUCGCUUCCCACUGGCCGGCUGCUGAGGAAGAAUGACGGAGAAAAGAACCGCGGUACUCUUCCUCUCCCCUGCCCGCCCCCUCUUGUCACCCUCCGAGUAUUGAAGAAAGGGGGGAAAAAACCCGGGCUUUGCUUGUCUCCCCCAUCCCCAUGUAGCGAACAAACGAAUGGAGAUGAAUGUCAGUCACCUGUUUACAAUUGCUUUAUUCUGGCUUGUGUCCUCCUAUUCAAUUAACUGCACUUUAGGGCAAAGACUGAGGGAGGUGGCCCCUCUGCUGUCCCUCCACUCUGCCCCCUGUUGGUUACUGACCUGCUUCCUACACAAGGCUGUGACUUAACAUUAAGACAGCUGACCCUCAUCACCUUAGGCUGAGAAAACUACCUGGCACAAAGAAGAAAUCCAUUGUUAUUCCACUUUCCUGUAGCCUCAUAACUUUCUUUCUUCUCCUUGGACUACCUCAGUAGUCUAGGAAAGAGACCAGUUGCUUUCCUCCUUUGCAAAGGAACUUUAUAUCCUUCCAGCACAAUAAUUUGCUAACUGAUUUUUCCUCUUUAAGAUGUAGCCAAUGGACUUCUCAUGUAUGACUUCUGUGCUAUUGCACUAUAUACUCAGGGUUACUUGAAUAUGCCAAGUGUUUUCACUUUUGGAUGUUUGACUGACAAGCUUUGACCAAGGAUGUUCAAGGAAUGAAGACUUAACAGCUCAUAGCUGAUUUGAUGGUGCAAAAUGUUUUACUCCUUGUCCUUUUUAAAACAUUCUUAUGUAAAUGAGUUGGACUCAAUAAUCUACACAAAUUUGAUCUAAUGUUCAGAUGCUUUUGUAUAAGAUGUUUUUUAGCUAAAAUGAACUAGUACUUCUGUUACAGUUUCUGAAGAUGAGAAUUGUAUUGGAUUCAUCCAUUUUAUAAUCUUUACUUUAGAGAAGCUCUUACCUUAAAUAAAAAAUUAAUAAGUCUAAAA